ACCUCCAGAGAUACCUUGACUUCAUCAGAUGUCUCCCAUGUUGAGACGGAGUCUCUGCAUGUUAGAGAUCAGGAGACACAAGCUGAUUUGGAGCGGCUCAGCAACCUAGAGGGUUCGGAAUAUUCAGACCAAGCUGGUACAGCAUUAAAGGAAAUGCAGACAGGGUUUGAAUUUACUGUGCAGAUAGCGCAGUAUAAAGACAACAAGAAGCAGCAGCAGCAUGAGAAGAUGGAUGCUUCCAGAGGUACCCCAACAUCAUCAUACAUCCUAUAUGAUAUGACAGAGGGCUUGGAUGGUAAGAGCCAAGCAGUCCAUUUGGAGAACAGGGCAAAGAGAGAAACUGAUGCUUUGCAGCCAGAAGAAUUCACCAGCGUGGGUGAGAUCAGCAAUUUGGAGGAGCUGGAACAGCCAUGUGGCAGACGCAUCACAGCCACUGAUCUCGAGCUGGAGAAGAUGAGGUGGGAUUCUGCACUGACGAGGCUGAAACACAAACAUGAAGACAAUGAAAAGCAACGGCAGCAUGAGAAGACUAUGGAGCAGAUACGUCAACAGGCAACACCCAGAUCAUUUGGCCAAGGACUCCAUGAUCUACUCCAGCCCCAGAACCAGUACACCUUGUUUCUAUACUGCUUCAUCUUUAUACACCUCAUUUACACAGUGAGGGAGCUGGCGUUCUAUUUUGUUAUAAAACACUACUUGUUUUGCUUUGCCAUUGUGCUCUAUUUCAUUUUCAAGAUGAUUUUCCAGGAUUACAAAAAUAAGAAAAAAUGUUGCUAAGCCAACCGCACAUUUGCUACAGCUGAAACAGAUGCUUAUCUGUCCUGGCUUUUUCCCCACUUUUCCUGCUCCCCAUCUCCAUUAUCCCACCUGCGCUUCACCUCACAUUUCCACUAUCAUUUAUACACAAUGCUAAAAUUGGUGCAAGUUUCACUUACUCCUUUUGAAUAUUGUAGCUGAAUAUCAUUGUUCAAUUA